CUCUCUAGAACUUGGAGUGUUUUUGUUUAUUGUUUAUUUUCUACGUGUUUCGUGAAAGAAAUAGUAUAUUCGUUUUUUCAGUUCUUUUGAGAGCUAGGAAUAGUAAAUCAUAAUGCCACAAUCUUGUGUAGCUUACAAUUGUUACAUCAGACAUAGGAAAGGGGGAAAUUUGAAAUUUCAUACUUUUCCAAAAACAGGAUUAUUGAGGGAUAAAUGGAUAGCAGCGUUAGGGAGAGCUGAUUUUGUACCUUCUACAUAUUCAAGAAUAUGUAGCAAACAUUUUUAUGAAAAUGAUUAUGAGAUUAACGCUCAUGGAAAAAAAGUUUUGAAGAAGGAUGCAAUUCCUUCUAAAUUUUGCUUUGUAAAUAGCAUUGCAAGAUCCUCAGAUGCAAAUGUAUUAGUUCCAGAGGUUAGCAACUUUCUGUUGGAGGAAAAUAUUACAACAGAUGCACCGAUUUCGGUGCCUACAGACUCUACAGUGAUAGAAUCCCAUUCACCAACGAGAACAAAAGAGCCUGCCUUACCUUGCAGUAUCAUUAGAAAAAGAAAGAGAUCAGUUCCUGUGUAUGUGGGAGAUUUCGUAGAAGCUGACCUCAAAAAUCCAGUGAAACGUCGUAGAUAUUGGAAUGUUUCACAAACUGUUAUUUCUAAUUUGAGAAAAUCCAAUAAAAAACACUGUGCCCUGCUUAGCAAAUACAAGAAAAAAAUUGAAAACUUGAACGAUCUCCUGGAUGAUUUGAAAAGAAGAUUUCAAAUUUCUUCCGAGUCAUCAAUAGUACUUAAGGCAUCAAUGAGGCUGCCAAGAGUGCUUAUCAAAAGGUACCAGUAGGAACUCCUUCUGGAUAGUCCUAUCAGGAGAAUUGAUUCAACUCCUGCCUUUGAUGGAAUCCAGGUGCUUUCUGGCCCGGAAAGCUAGCACCUGUUGAGGGCUCCAUGUCCAGGGUUACGGACAAAGUCCAAAAGAUCAAAAAUGUCAGAAAAAAUUUGUAGGUUAUCAGAUGAACGAUGGAAGAUAUGUCUACCACAACACAUUGAAAUCUCUUCAAAUUACAUUUCCGAACAUCAAUUAUAAGGAAAGGAGUACUGUAAAAAUAUAAACUAAAAUAUCAAUUAUAAAGAUAAGUAUUUCUUGUUCCCUUUUAAUGUGGUUAGUAUUAACUAAUUUUUUUUUAGUGAAGGAUCAAUAUGUAUGAUACAUUUAUUCAAGAGGAGAGCAUUAUUGAGGAAGUAACAAAUUCAUCAUCGGUUGGAGAAUGGAGCUGAGAUCAACAUUGAAGAAGAAGGCAACAGAGCUCAAUCCUUAUUUUAAAAAUUCUGGAUGAGUGAAGGUUCUCCUUAGCGGAGAGUGUGAAUGCUGACUGCAUAAAGACUUCGUAUCUUAUAUGCUGAUAGUCAAAAGUCUGAUUUAUCCAAUUAAAAUAUUAUUGAAAUUAAAUUUUUUCUGUCAUGGAGUUCCUGUUUGUUUGUUAUUGAAUAUUUGUCAUUUAUAAUUUGAUUUGUUAAAUUUUAUUCCUAUACUUGUAUGAAUAUAUUUUUACUUGAAAAAUUCCUGUAGAAUAAACAUAUUCUUCUAAAA